CUUCUCUUCUCUUUUCUUUCUUUCUUCAUACUUCCUAUGAACUGAUCCUCUCUCUCCUCUUUUCUUCACCCUCCCCUCCCUCCCCCUCCACAGCUUAGCAUGGCUGCAUCCUGGUGCGCCCUGCGUGGCACCCGCCAGCUGGCUCUGCGCUCUCGUCUGCGCACGACGCCCUCAAUUGCUACUGCUCCCCUCGAUACCUUCCCCCGCCGCCACAUCGGCCCCUCCCCCGACGCCGCCUCCCAGAUGCUGGCCACCCUCGACCCCCCCGUCGCCUCGCUUGACGAGUUCGUCCGGCAGGUGCUUCCGGCCGACAUCCUGUCCAAGAAGGACCUGACCGUGGCCGCUCCCCACAGCACGGCCUCCCUUGCCCGGGACAGCGUGCACGGCGGCUUGGGCGAGACGGACAUGCUGAAGCUGCUGGACACCUACCGCAAGCAGAUCGAUGUCUCCGGCAAGACCUACCUCGGCACCGGCUACUAUCCCACCAUCGUGCCUCCGGUCAUCCUCCGCAACAUCCUCGAGAACCCCGGCUGGUACACCAGCUACACCCCCUACCAGCCCGAAAUCUCCCAGGGCCGUCUGGAAUCCCUCCUGAACUUCCAGACCCUGACCGCCGAUCUCACCGGCCUGCCCUUCGCCAAUGCCUCCGUCCUGGAUGAGGCCACCGCCGCCGCAGAGGCCAUGACCAUGUCGCUGGCCACCCUGCCCAUGUCCAAGCAGAAGAAGGCCGGCAAGGCCUACGUCGUGUCCCACCUCUGCCACCCCCAGACUAUCGCCGUGAUGCAGUCCCGCGCCGAGGGAUUCGGGAUCAACCUGGUCGUCGGUGACAUCCUCGCUGACGACUUCAAGCUGGUCAAGGACCAGGGUGACAAGCUGAUUGGUGUCCUGGCCCAGUACCCCGACACCGAGGGUGGUAUCUACGACUUCCAGUCGCUGAGCAACACCAUCCACGGCUCCGGCGGUACCUUCAGCGUGGCCACGGACCUGCUGGCGCUGACCCUGCUCAAGGCCCCGGGCGAGUUCGGCGCCGACAUCGCCUUCGGCAGCGCUCAGCGUUUCGGUGUCCCCAUGGGAUACGGUGGUCCCCACGCCGCCUUCUUCGCCUGUGCUGACAAGUACAAGCGCAAGGUCCCCGGCCGUGUCGUCGGUGUGUCCAAGGACCGUCUCGGCAACCGCGCCCUGCGACUGGCGCUGCAGACCCGCGAGCAGCACAUCCGCCGUGAGAAGGCCACCAGCAACAUCUGCACGGCCCAGGCCCUGCUGGCCAACAUGAGCGCCAUGUAUGCGGUCUACCACGGCCCCACCGGGCUGAAGGGCAUCGCUCAGCGCAUCAUGUCGAUGACGACCACCCUGCAGACCAAGCUGGCCGCGCUGGGCUACAACGUGCCCGUCCGCACGAACACCACCGACGGCGGCGCCGUGUUCGACACGGUGACCGUGGAGCUGCCGGGCAGCAGGGACACCGAUGCCAUCGUGGCGGCGGCCCGCGCGCAGGGCCUCUUCCUCCGCCGGCUGAGCGACACCAAGAUCGGCAUCUCUCUGGAUGAGACCGUCGGCCGCGAGGAGGUCAAGUCUAUCCUGCAGGUCUUCGCGACCUACGCCUCCAAGGGCGAGGUCACGCUGGAGGACAUCGGCGUCACGCCCAUCCCGGCCAGCCUGGAGCGCACGUCCGAGUACCUGACCCACCCGGUCUUCAACACCCACCACUCGGAGACGGAGAUGCUGCGGUACAUCCACCACCUGGAGUCCAAGGAUCUGUCCCUGGCGCACUCGAUGAUCCCCCUGGGCUCGUGCACGAUGAAGCUCAACGCCACCACCGAGAUGAUCCCGGUCUCGUGGCCCGAGUUCUCCAACAUGCACCCCUUCCUGCCGGCCGACGUCGCCAAGGGCUACACCCAGAUGAUCGACGACCUGGAGCAGCAGCUGGCCGACAUCACCGGCAUGGCCGAGGUCACCGUGCAGCCCAACUCGGGCGCGCAGGGUGAGUUCGCCGGACUGCGCGUGAUCAAGAAGUACCAGGAGGCGCACGGCGGCGACAAGCGCAACAUCUGCCUGAUCCCGGUGUCGGCGCACGGCACCAACCCGGCCAGCGCGGCCAUGGCGGGCAUGCGCGUGGUCACGAUCAAGUGCGACACCAAGACCGGCAACCUGGACCUGGAGGACCUCAAGGCCAAGUGCGAGAAGCACGCGGACGAGCUGGCGGCCGUGAUGAUCACCUACCCGAGCACGUUCGGCGUGUACGAGCCGGGCAUCAAGCAGGCGUGCGAGAUCGUGCACCAGCACGGCGGGCAGGUCUACAUGGACGGGGCCAACAUGAACGCGCAGAUCGGGCUGUGCUCUCCGGGCGAGAUCGGGGCGGACGUGUGCCACCUGAACCUGCACAAGACGUUCUGCAUCCCGCACGGCGGCGGCGGGCCGGGCGUCGGCCCCAUCGGCGUGGCGGAGCACCUGCGGGCCUUCCUCCCGUCGCACCCGGGCAGCAGCUACCUGCAGGCCCGGCGCGGCGACUCCUCCUCGCCCCCGAUCUCCGCCGCCCCCUGGGGCAGCGCCAGCAUCCUGCCCAUCACCUUCAACUACAUCAACAUGAUGGGCGCCAAGGGCCUGACCCACGCCACCAAGAUCACCCUCCUCAACGCCAACUACAUCCUGUCCCGUCUGCGGCCGCACUACCCCAUCCUGUACACCAACGAGAACGGCCGCUGCGCGCACGAGUUCAUCCUCGACGUGCGCCAGUUCAAGGACACCUGCGGCGUCGAGGCCAUCGACAUCGCCAAGCGUCUGCAGGACUACGGCUUCCACGCACCGACCAUGUCGUGGCCGGUGUCGAACACGCUGAUGAUCGAGCCGACCGAGUCGGAGAGCAAGGCCGAGCUGGACCGGUUCUGUGACGCCCUGAUUUCGAUCCGUGGCGAGAUCGCCCAGGUCGAGGAGGGCAAGCAGCCCCGCGACGGCAACGUGCUGAAGAUGUCCCCGCACACCCAGCGCGAUCUGUUGGCGACCGAGUGGACCCGCCCGUACACGCGCGAGCAGGCCGCGUAUCCGCUGCCGUAUCUCAUCGAGAAGAAGUUCUGGCCGUCCGUGACGCGCGUGGAUGAUGCCUACGGCGACCAAAACCUCUUCUGCACCUGCGGCCCCGUCGAGGACACCGAGUAGAUACUACCUGGUAGUUUGUCUCUGGAUAGAGGGAUGUGGUGGAUAGAUGGGAUGGACGGUCGGCUAUGAUGAUACCCUGUAUGAUUCAACAUUGGAUGGCUGCUGUUCGUUCAACAUGCAUUGCGAGGAGUUUUUCUUUUUCCCUUCCUUUCUGGGUGGUUCUGGUUAGAUUUUACUUUACUUUACCUUUUACAUUAGAUCUGUUUCAACCUAGAUCAAUCCAUACCUUUUUACAUUUUA